AGGUCUCUCUCUCGACGAUGACGUAACCACGAACUCACGAACGUGUGGGGGUAUUCGAAUUCGAAAAUACACGGGAUUGAGAUAUCCGUACAUUGUACAACUGUUGUUCGUCGGUCGACACAACAUUGCCUAUCGUUUCGCAUGCUACGCACUCUCGAUCCGUUACGUCAACAACAAAAGCCGAUCGCGAGAUUUCUUCCCUCUGGAAGCUGAAGUGUUGAGGUGUCAGCUACCCCCUCAAAAUGGCCGACCAGCCUUGUCAGCUGUCACACACCUGAUCUAGCCACGUGACCGGCCGAGGGACUAUAACUACCCCCCUUAUGGGUCCCAUCGGGGGUUAGCGGUAUGGAGGUGUUGUCCGGUGGUAAGAGCAUGAAGCAGAAGAAGGUGGGGCAGUUCGGCAACAAGGGGAAAGUCUGCGGAAGGAGCAACAGGAACUUGAGGCAAUCGAGGGGUUCCUUCAGGCGAUUGGUGAAUAGGAACAACAGAGCGAAUUUGCAAAGGGAGGCGAAUUUCGUUAACAACAAUGGGGGCUAUGCUAGUCGACCGGAGGAGGAGUUGAAAAGGGGGGUAUACAAUGCACCGUUUUGUGUACGUCUGACAUCAGAUACUUUUCGGAUACCAGAUGAUUCUGUUCAGGCCCUCUUCAAUGAUAUGCAAUUGUUUCCGCCCAAAUCACAAGAAUGUCCCAACAGCAAGUGUGACGUGUUUUUGGGGGGCUCCUGUAAUCCGACGACGUGGCGAGCAGACACAGCCAUUCCCGAACUGCAAAAACACGGGAUCAGCUUCUACAAUCCUCAAGUUUCAAAGUGGGAACCUGAAUUGGUGGCGCAAGAGUAUGAUGCCAAACAGGCAGCUUCCAUCUUAUUAUUUGUGAUUGAUAGUCAGACUAGGAGCACAGUGGGAAUGAUAGAAGUUGCCUAUUUGGUAGCUUCUGGAAGAUGUGUUGUGGUUGUUGCUCAACCAUAUGAAAGGGGCCAAACUAUAAUGGGAGAAGUCAUCACUGAUAGGGAAUAUAGGGAUUUGGUGGAUGGCCAGAGGACUUUGCUGGGUCUGGUUAAAAGUAAAGGUGUGAAGAUUCACAGUAGCCUUUCAACUGCUUUGCAAUGUACAGCAAAGAUAUUGAGGAAUUCUUCUAACAAUGGCACCAGUGCAGAGGAUCAAAUCAGGUAUAAACUCAGACGGCUGAGGGAAAUCUACGACUCCUAUGGAGGGCAAAUGAAGCUGCACCACGCCCUCGAAGAGUACAUGAAGCUGACCGACCGAUCGUUCAGCUACAACUGCUCGAGCGUACGCAACACGCCGGUCAGCUUCGAGAGGUUCUGCUCGCUGAUGGCGGAACUGUCGAGCAAAGAUGGCUGCGACAUGUGCACCUCUGACGUGUGGGCCACCCAGCCCUUCAGAAGGCAGUGUUCGACCACCCCCAAUUGCACCUCGACCAACAAUAACAUCUCACGGCCGUCGACCAACGGCCGAUUGUCGGACGUCGGAUCGUGCGACGUCGCGACGCCUUUGGACAACGACGCCGCCACGAAAAAGGACAUAUUCCUCGGCGGGUCGUUCUAUUCGGAGAGGCAGUGGCGUCGCGACGUCGCCAUACCGAUGAUCAAGAAGCACGGUUUGAGCUACUACAAUCCGACGCUGAGGGAGGACGGCGAAGUGAUCGACGUCGAUAGCGACCCUUUCGAAAUGGACGUCCUGGAAUGGAAGCGGGAUUUGGACGGUAGCCGCGUGCUGUUGAUGGUCAUCACCGACGACACCCGAUCGAUGACGAGCAUCAUUCUCGCCGCCUUCUACAUGGGCCUCGACAAGGACGUGGUGCUGUGCGUGCAAAGUUUGCCCACGGAGGGGUGCGUCAUCGGGAACGAGACGCUAACGAAAAACGCGGUGAAAGACUACAACAGAGCCAGGGUGUAUUUGAAAGACCUGGCCGUCAGGAAACAGGUGCCAGUAUUCGAGAACAUCACAGAAGCGGUGCAGUGCGCGAUCGAGAGGUGCAAAGUCAGGUAGGUGAGGCGGCUGCGUCCGACCUCUCCGAAACAAAACAAAACAAAAAAACAGUGAAGGAAAAGAGAUCGUUUCUUAGCUCUCUCUCUCUCUAUUUGAUUGAAGGCAGCUCUCUUUUGCAGUGCAGGGAAAUUCCAAAACGAAUUACGCUUCCUGAAGAUUUUUAUUUAUUUGUCCCCCAAGAGUGUUUUAUUCAGAUUUUUCGUCGUUGAAGUUGGUUCCUCCUUUUUUCCGUUACCGGUUAUUUUUUGGAAAAAGUCGAAAUAUGCAUUAUAGGGAGAUGGUUGCACACUUUUGAUUAUCCAAUUAUACAGUGUGUCCCACUUACCAUGCUCACCA